AUGGGACUUAUCAAUCUUAUCCUGCACAUUUCUAAUCUGUCUGUUUCGUUGGCCAUUCUUUAUAUCAGCCUGAAGAACCAAAGCAAUUCUGCAGAGCUGAUCAAUAGCAAAGCAGGUGUGUAUACGACAGGCACCGCUUAUUCUGCUCAUAUGCCAGUCCAAUCUAUGAAUGCAAAGGAAGAGAUUUCGGUUGCAGCAGAUAUCAAGGAAGAUGCAGCUACAACUAGCAUUAUUGAUAGUAAGAAAGAAGGAGAAAUCGAUGCACUGAGUGAUUCUCCGCAGACAGCUGAUAGUGCAAUUUCAACCAAUAGCGAGAUUGUGUCUUCAGGAAUGAUGUCCAAAAGCCGAUUAAUGGCGAAUCCAUCUGCAUUCUUAAUGUCAAUGAAGCACGGUAUUAAUUAA